AUGCAGAAAUCCCUUCAGGGACUUGACAAAACCACUGCAGAGGGUACAGAGGCUUUUGAUCAACUCUUUUCUAUGUUGGAGGCCUUAGCAGAUCAGGGAAUCAACGUUACUGCCACUCAGAAAUUUCUAAAGGAUGCAAAAAGGUACUUAAAGAAUGAUUUCAAGACACACAUCGGACGAGGAGAACGUUGCAGUGAUCACUGCACGGUCCACGCACUAAGUGACAGUAGUGCAUGGGAGUUCAGGGGCAAAUGUGAUCAUGAACAUUGCUACGAAUGUGAGCGCUGUGAGAGUCUAGAAGGAGUACUGAAACAGGUGGCAGAGAUGCAAGACAAAGCGGACAUGACGGAAGAGGAGAGGGUUAGGUGGAGGUUUGAGUACACUGAGAGGGUGCGCAACAUACAAGCGUGGAAGGCUCACUUGCUACGGUCAAGUAACCAGGACGAAGUCAAGCAGCAUAUUCUCGAGAAGCUAGACGACAACUCGUGUCUUGUCAUAAUGGACUGGGCAAUGAAGUUUCUGCCUGUGCAAUACAGAGAACAAAUGAGUGAUUUUUUUGGCAAGAGAGGAAGAAGCUGGCAUAUCAGUGCAGUAAUCACUAGAGCAACAGUGGAGAGCAAGCAUGAAGUCGAGUGUUUUGUACACAUUUUCAACAACUGCACCCAAAAUAGCUUUGCAGUUCUUUCAAUAAUAGAGGACUUGCUGCAAAAAGUCAAAUUGGAGUAUCCAGGGGUGACAACAGCCUACCUCCGAUCGGAUAACGCUGGAUGUUACCAUAAUGGGCCUCUGUUGUUAAGUCUUAGAGAAGUAGGGGUGAGAACCGGUGUCAGGCCAGUGCUAUAUGAUUUCUCAGAACCACAGGCUGGCAAGGAGAUUUGUGAUAGGAAGACUGCUGCUAUGUAGGCACACAUAAAGCGCUGGGUCAACGAAAAGCACGACGUCGUCACUGCUGAAGAUAUGAAAGCAGCACUAGAAUCCCAUGGAGGUAUUAAAGGGUGCAGAGCAGCAGUCGUUGAGGUGGACACGACCAGGGAAAGAAACAAAGAUAGCAAGAUACCAGGCAUUAGUGUGUUGAACAAUUUCCAGUAUGAGGAGUGUGGCAUCCGUGUGUGGAAAGCGUACAACAUCGGCCCUGGACGCCUCAUCCCUUAUAGCGGUCUUGGAGUUACACCACAAGGGGAUACUGGAAUAAGGGUGGUAAAGCCAUUUGGUCAAGCUACACACAGGGGAAGCGUGGGUGAGAGCGUCAGGCACCAGUCCGAGAUCUACUCUUGCCAAGAGACUGGAUGCGUCCUCACGUUCAAGACCCAAGCAGAGGCAGACAACCAUAUGGACACGGGCAAGCACUGUCUUGAGGUGGACUGUGAGUCCUUGUAUGACCGCGUUAGGAGGAAAUGGGCGGGAAUUGUGACAGGGGUGACGUUCGCUCCGGAUGUGCCAACAACCUCAUCGCAAGGUGAGAAUAGUGGCAGCGCUUUCAGAGAACAUGACCCUAGACCAUUGGGGUGGGCUCUGAAGGUAACAAAACGACCCACUAGAAUGACUGAUAACGUCAAGACCUUCUUGAUGAAGAAAUUCGAAGAGGGUACAAGAACUGGAAACAAGGCCGAUCCUGUACGGGUAGCGAGGGAGAUGAAGACCCUCAGAAAGGAGGACAGAGAGCUCAUGUUUAAGCCUGAAGAGUGGAGGACUGCGCAGCAGAUCAGUAGCCUGUUUUCACGUCAGACAGCGGCGCUGCCUCAUAGGGGUAUUGAUGCGGAGGAAAUCUCGGAGGAAGACAUCGAGGCUGCCGAGUCGGAAAUAGCGUUUGACACCCUUAGAAGUUUUUUUGAUGGAUGA